AUGGUGGAUGUACAGCCGGAUCAGUGCGGGUCCUGUGCCGCGUCUUUCUCUAGCAGGGACGGGGAGAACGCAUCUGCCUCCUCCACUGUAGACCCUGUGUAUCAGCAUCCCAAUGUCUGGUUGGACGCGCUGUUGCGUGAAAACGUCUUGUUAGCGGUCCUUCCGUUUCUGGAAGCCGCAGAUGCCGCUCGCUUCGCCUCCUCCUGCACGGAGCUGCAAGCUGCCCUCAGAGCGCCGAGGGUACAGCCUCUCUGGCGCGAGUGGUUUAAUGCCAGCGGCUUCGUGUGGUGGCCAUACGGAGGUGUCUGCGGAGCUGCUUGCAGUAGACAAGUUGACAGAGACGGCUUCUUGGUGGAGAACGACCAACAACAUGACCAAGAACCGAGGGAGGAUCGCUUGCGUCCCUCCACUGGCUAUCGGGAGUUUCGUCAUGAGGGAUGGUGCUGCCAGUUUUUAUGGAAUGCGCGCGCUUGGCACAACUGGCAAAGCGGCAACUGCGCCUUCUCAGUCCUCCCCACGGAGGGUCACAAGCUCUUUACGGUGUCUGUACACCCUAGGGGCACGUAUGCCUCGAGAACUGAAGUUGCACGCCCCCACAAAAGUACUCCGCCCCAGCAGCGACAGCAUCGAAAUCAAGGGGCCCAAGUGUCACAAGAUAAUUUGGAGCUAGAUCUGUCGCCCACGGAUGGCAAUGUGCAGCCUUACAUUGCUUCCCCCGUGAGCGAUUGCACGACUUCUCAGCCCGCUGUAGUGUUCGCUCCGGGAGCUGGCGAGGCCCUUGUGGAUGCGUUGCGGAGGAAGGCAGUCAUAUUGACUGCAGGCAGCGACAGAGUCAUGUGUUUUCUGAAACCAGAGGGAGGUGCCUACCCCUCCGCCGUGAGGGCUCCUCGACCCUUAGUGGCUGCGUCCAAAGGAGUUGGCGGGGGGGGAGUGGCUGGAGCUACGGGGGUAUGCCUGAGGCAGACGAAAGAUCUGGGAGGCUUGCUGCUGUCCCCCCGUACGACGUAUGCGGCGGCAGGCAGCUUCUCCUCGCUCGAGUCGCUUGAGCUCGAGCUGGAAAGCCUGAUCAGCGGUGGAGGCAGCGGCCGUAGGGGCAGCGGGAAGAGCAGAAGGAGUGGAGGAUCUCGACAAAACGGAGGGCCUUCUCCAGGAGACACUCGCAAGACGAAUGGGGAGGCAUCGCCGGCCCUUAUCAGCGCUUCCAGAGGGAUCUCAUGUCGCACUCCCCCACGGAAUACUGCGUGGUCGCCGCCUCCUGCAGUGCUCUCAUUUCCCUGCACGGCCACGGCUUCUGCAGUGUCUGCAGCAGCAGAGCAGCCGUGUCUUCAAGGCGCAGCAUCGGCUGAGGAAGACCCCGUAAAAGCUCGGGAAGUCUGCAUGUGUUGGGGGCGAAGUUGCUGGCAUAGCUGCAGCGUGGACGCUGCAAGCGGCCUGAUGGCGUGCUCCCUCUCGUCUGAGCAAAGUGGCAACUGCAGAGGCAGGCGGAAGAAAGGGGGGGCCAGUGGAGGCGUGGCGGACGCUUGCGAAUACAGAGUCUUCGAUCUCCUGAGCGAAACUGAGAUAGCGCAGCUGUCCAUCGAAGGGCACUUGAUGGCACAGUUCUUUUUGUGGGAUCUUGGCGAUGCAGUGUGCGGCGAGCCUUUGGAGGCAUCCGCUAUCGUCAAUGCCCACACAGAUGGCAUCCUGGCCCUGGACGUGGCGGAAGACGGUAGCCGUUCCUCCCGCGUCCUCUGUGGCAGCCGAGACGAGACUAUCAGUCUGUAUUCUGUCUAUCCAAUCGUCAGGCUGGCCACCUUCAAUGGCCACCAAGCGGAAGUCUCUGCUGUCUGCUGGCUGCGCAACGGCGAAGGGGCCUUCGCCUCUGCAGCUGCUCAAGGGUUUCUCCUAGGAGGCUCAUUCGACGAGGAAGCGCAGCAGGUCUUUGCUUCAGGAUCUUACGAUGGGCAUAUUAAAAUACAGGACGCAAGACAGGGAGAUGCAAAGAACCUUGCAAGCCACGGUUUAACGCUGCUGGAGCAUCAAAAUCGAAUAACACGACUUGCUGGCGCCUGGGAUGGCCGGAUGCUUCUCUCGGGAGAUGUUGAUGGGGUGGUGAAGGUGUGGGAUUUGCGCCGCUGUGCGGAUUCGCUUUUAACGGCCCAGUAUAACGGGGCGAUCCUCGAUCUUCAGGCAAACCGUGCCUUUGCUGUGGUACGCGCUAGCCCGCCCCGAUGCCGCGACUCGGUGCAUGUCCUAGACUUUAGUGGGGUUGGAGCGCGGUAG